AUGUUAAUAACAUUAGCAACAUUGCUUAUGGACCCUAUAUCCAACAUAGGCGUCACAAAGACGGUUGGAGGAUGGAUGGCAGCCAACAGAUUGAGGUUGAAUCCAGACAAGACAGAAGUACUGUUUUGGGGGGACAGGGAGCAGGCUGGUGUGGAGGACUCCCUGGUCCUGAAUGGGGUAACUGUGCCCCUGAAGGACCAGGUGCGCAGCCUGGGAGUCAUUUUGGACUCUCAGCUGUCCAUGGAGGCACAGGUCAAUUCUGUGUCCAGAGCAGCUGUUUACCAGCUCCAUUUAGUAUGCAGACUGAGACCCUAUCUGCCCGUGGACUGUCUUGCCAGAGUGGUGCAUGCUCUGGUUAUCUCCCACUUAGACUACUGCCAUGCACUCUACGUGGGGCUACCUGUGAAGGUGACCCGGAAACUACAACUAAUCCAGAAUGCGGCAGCUAGACUGGGGACUGGGAGCGGCUGCCGAGACCACAUAACACUGGUCUUGAAAGACCGACAUUGGCUCCCAGUACGGUUUCGAACACAAUUUAAAGUGUUGGUGCUGACCUUUAAAGCCCUAAACUUCCUCGGUCUAGUAUAUCUGAAGGAGCGUCUCCACCUCCAUCGUUCUGCCUGGACACUGAGAUCCAGCUCCAAGGGCCUUCUGGUGGUUCCCUCACUGUGA